ACACACUCACUGAACAUCUUCCUCGUUCUAUAAGUUCGGAGAAACGUUUAGCAAACUGAACUGACUGUGUAAGUAUGUCGCCAUGGAAACAUACAACAUCUUCCACAAUGUAUAUACAUAGGAUGGUUCCAACACCACUAAAUAUGACCACAACUUUAUCUCUGGUAUGUGUACUAGACUUCUGCUCACCACCCUGUUACAGUAAAGGCUGGUAUGAGCAAAUACUGACUUACAAACAUGCCUGGUAUCUUUAAUCUAAGAUUUUGUGGUACAUCUGUACUAGG